AUGGCGUCACAGGUAGACACCGGUGUCUUCCAAACCAUCGAGACGGUCAACAAAGACAAACUCGUUAUCAGAGACAAGCUCUAUGGCGAACAUAUAAUCACCGAGCCUGUCCUGAUCGAUCUCCUCCAAAGCGCCGAGCUGUCGCGCCUCAAAGGCGUCUGUCAACAUGGGGUAACUGCUCUCCUUGGCUUUGGACCCAAAGUCACCCGCUUCGAACACUCUGUCGGUGCAUUUUUGCUUGUACGCAAAGUUGGUGCCAGCGUCGAAGAGCAGGUAGCUGCACUUCUUCAUGAUAUCAGCCACACGAGUCUCAGUCACGUUGUCGACUACGCACUGUCCCAGCCUGGAGAAGACAGUUACCACGAGGUCCACAAGUCUCGAUUUUUGAAGACCACUCGACUACCCGAAGUCCUGACUCGGCAUGGUUUUGGAGAUCUCAAAGCUCUUGACGAGGAACUCUUCCCGCUCGUGGAACAGCCAUCACCCCAUUUAUGUGCCGACCGGCUGGACUACUCGCUUCGUGAUGCUCUGGCGUUUGACAAAUUCAGUCUCGAAUACAUCCAGCAAGUCUUUCAUUCAUUGAAGGCGGUCCCUCAUGCCACCUCUCCCAAUCGCAUUCUCGCUUUAGAGGACCCCCAGCUUGCGUUAGCACUUGCUCGCUCAUACUUGGCUACUGAUCGAGACGUCUGGUCAAACCGAUCGCAUGCAAAUAUUUACAAGAGAACAGGCCGAAUUAUCGCGGAGUUGGUUCGAUCUGGGCGUGUGAAGGAAGAUGCACUUUGGAUUCUAUCUGAUGAUGAUUUUUGGGCGCUCCUGCGUCGAGAGGCAUCACCAGAGAUUUUGCGUGAAUUGGACAGGCUCGAAACAGAAGGUCUACCUGACGAGAGCAAGCUCCAACUUCCUCGAGAGACAAAGAUUAGGACACUUGAUCCAGAUAUUUGUCAGGGUGCUCAAGCGGAGCCAUUGCCUUUGUCGGUUGUUCUCUCUGAAUGGGCUGCAGAGCGCCAGCAGUACAUUGCUGGCCGUGAAUCCACGCGAGAAUAA